AUGGGUUUGAAGCCUUCAAGGUUCUUCUGGUCGCUCAUCGAAAAGCCGCCGGUGACCGUCUCCGAAAUGCUCCAGCACGCCAACCAGUACGUCACCGCUGAAGCGUUGGUGGUAGGGAAGCGUAUGGAAGGCAAGAGGCCAAGGGUGGAACAACCCCGGGGAUCAACCUCAGCAACCUUGGUGCCACCCCGCCGGGGGCUUGAUCGACAAGAGCUACUUUUGAGGCCCUCGCCUCUUCCCCUGAAAGCCUCCCGCACUGAGAUCGUCCUCCAAAUUAGGGAAAAAGACUACGGCCAUGAUACGGAGGACUGCCAUGACCUCCAGAACCAAAUAGAGGGGCUGAUCCGUAGAGGCUAUCUCGGGCGCUAUCUCAAGGAACCCCGGGAAGCUACUCCGAGCCCCAAGGAACUCGUCGAAAGACAAAUCGAUGUCAUCUCCGGGGGGCUUGCGGCUAGCGACAACAGCUCUGCAGCGAGAAAAGCCUACGCUCGUAGCAUGGUCAAGAAACAUCCCCAACCCGAGAUCGAGCCUGAAAUUACCUUCGGGGCCAGAGAAGUCGAGCACUCCCACCAUGAUGAUGCUUUGGUAAUCUCUAUCCAGGUCGCCAACGCUCAAGUAAAAAGAGUGAUGGUCGACACCGGAAGCUACGCCGACGUUCUUUACUUCGACACCUUCCGGAGGCUCAGCUUGACCAAGGGAGACCUCACCCCCAUGGUGUCUGCACUCACGGGAUUCACAGGGGAUUCUAUAUCCCCGCUCGGGACUAUGGCCCUCCCUGUCACCAUUGGAGAGGAACCAAGAGUGAAGACAAUGAUAACCACCUUUAUGGUAGUUGACCUCCUCUUAGCUUACAACAUCAUCCUCGGCCGAUCGACGCUGAACAAGUUAAAAGCGGUGGUCUCCACCUAUCACCGGGCCGUCAAGUUUCCGACUUCGGAGGGGAUCGGGGAGGCCCGCAGUGACCCAGGGGAGUCGAGGCGGUGCUAUCUCGCAGCGGUCACUCUCCCAGGAAAAUCGCACCUCGCUCAGGUCCCCAACCCCCGCGAAGGACCCACAACACCAAUGCUGCUGGAGCCUCUCGAGUGGCUCAUCGAGGUAUCAUUAAAAAAGAGCCGACCUGACCAGACCGUUAAGGUCGGAACUGCACUUCCCGAGGUGGACCAACUCCACCUCAUAGACUUUCUGAGGAGGAACGCCGAUAUGUUCGCAUGA